CGCGACAAACGAUGUGGCCGAUGUCGUCAGCAUUUCAUUCUUAUUAAUUUGCAGAUUACUUUACAUCACACGUUAAAUGACUUUGUCUAUACAAGUGUCUUCCCAAAGAUUUAUGGAUAAUCUCAUUGCUGAAGCAUCAUUCCUAGAUUUGUUUAUCUGCCAUUCCUGAUGCUAAACUCGUGUUGUUUAAUCAGCAAACGUUCAAAGCGCGAAGAGCAGUACCACAUCAAGAAUGACGAUUGCGGGAAAUAUUCCUGGGAUAAAGAAAAACCCAGUCCGGCGGAAUAUCGUUUCGUCAAUCUUUGUGGUGAGAUUGCUAUUAAAUCAGAUGGCCAUAUUACCGGCGAGCAAUUCACUGUCGAGAAAUGCAAAGAAUGUUGCAUACUGUUACUUGAUCACUUGGCCACAGUGAAUGUUGAUGAUUGCGAAGGGUGCCUCAUUGUUACUGGCCCUUGCAAAGGAAGUGUGUUUAUUCGGGACUGCAAGAAUACCACAUUGUUUACCAUUUGUCAACAAUUCCGAAGUCGAGAUUGCAUUAAUAUUGAUGUAUUCUUAUUCUGUACAACGAAACCAAUUAUCGAAUCAAGUAAAUUGAUGCGAUUUCGAUCACUUGCUCUUUCUUAUAACAAACUCGAAGAGCAUAUAACGAAGACAUCACUAAGCCCGUUCACUAACAACUGGAAUAGUGUGCACGAUUUUACACCCGAAGAUGUUCCUAAUUUCGAAAUUUGCAUUACAGAAUAUAACAAAAUUAAGAAAAUGGACAUGGUUAAUAAUGUCGAGGACGUUAAAUUCAUCCCUGAACUAUCAGUUCUUCCCUUGUAUACUGUUGCAAGCAAAGCCAUUGGCAAGAAAAUGCUCAUCUUAUGUGUGGAACAAGAUAACGAAGCUUUAGUUUCAUUUUAUGGUCGCAUAUUGAAGUUUUUGAGAGAGAUAUUGUCGCGAGGUGCAGAGCUUAUCACAACUAGAGAUAUAAUAAUCCGAAAAAGGGAGCUUUCACCUUCGUUCAUAUCCAAGAAGUAUGCCGAAUUAUCAGGAAUUAAUUAGGAAAAAUCGGCAACAGCCUAAUCACGAAGAAGAGCAAGUGGAAUGGUUUAGCCGCUGACGUCAUAGGUUUCUCUCAAACGGAAGACUCAUUUCGCCUUGGCCGAGUAGUAAGUAUUUUGCAAACAGAGAAGAUUCUAUCACCGAGAAACAUGUUGUAUUGAAGCAUUGCUAUGAAUUGGCUUGCAAAUUUAUUGCUCAGCAGAGAAAACUUUACAUCCC